AUGGGGAAGGAAAAGCAGGAACAGACAAACAGGAUGUCCGUUGGCAUCCUUAAGAGGGAAGAGAAAGGACUGGGCAGAGCUGGAGAUGAGGGUCUGGAAAACGCCAAACCCUCUUCAGAGCCUGAUGGAAAAAGGCAAGAUGACGAGCCAGGGGUUGGCCCACUUCCCCAGAAGGUUGGCAGUGCAGACCUACAAGGCAAGGUGGAAACGGAGGCCUCCUCUGCGCCCCCAAUUGAAAAAGGGUGUCAGGCGAAAGGGUUUUUUCACACUUGGGCUCCCUCACAGCUCCGCCAGCAUCCAAAUCGGGCUUUUGUGAGUCCCAGUUCACAACCUGACCCCGGCAAAAGCAUCAAUUCAGAUUGCUGCCUUCACGUUCGCCUCUACUACUGCGAUGUGCUCGUGAAAGAGAUGACCGUAAGCACUGCAGAAGGCUGCCGGAUCACCUACUCGACGGCGAUGGAAGAGAACGAGGUCCUGUAUGGCCCCAGCGGCAUCGAAGAAAUCCAGUUCCCUCCGCCGGAAGUCCUAGGCUACAGAAAUUGGGGGCCCAAGGCCACCUGGGUCUUGAAGAGGUUGCUCCCCCAUUUGAAUCGUGGCGUGCUCCUUUGGGUAGCUCCCGAAGGAAUCUUCCUGAAACGGCAGUGCCAAAGUCGGGUUUACUGGAAGGGGCCACUGGCACCCCACAAGGACCAGCCCAACAAACUGGAGAGGGAGAAAACCUAUUGGCUGUUGGACACGCAACAAUUCCUCCAGGAGUUACGAGGCUUCCUCAGACAUGGAAAGCCGCUUCCGCAGUACCAGAUCCACCUCUGCUUUGGAGAAGAAUUUCCACCUGUUCCCAACCAGAAGCUCCACAGAUUCAUCACGGCAGAGGUGGAACCGGUGUUUGCCCGCAACCUCUGUCUCUACGCCCAGCAGUAUCUCCAGGGCUCUCAGACCUGCCCUCCCAAGACACCCGAGAAGAUCAUCCAGCUCCUGCAGCAGCUUUCCUCCUCUUGACCCGCUCCGGGGGUCACCGCUGACCUGGAGGAGACGUCCUGGUUGCUUCUGCAGAGCACUGACCAAGGGACCCGCCUCUCAAGAUUCAGCCUCUUCUCUCAGGAAUUCAUGGCUGACCUGGGCUGGAAUCUUGCAGGAAAGAAGGACUCUGUGUUUGGCCUGGAUAUUCCUUUUUUAUGCAUACAUACAUACAUACAUACAUACAUCUCCACACCACAAGCUAAGCAAACACCUGGGCACA